CGUGUGUGAAUCGUGCCCUGGCCUCCUCGUGCUUAUUGAGAUUAUCUUGCACUGCUUGAGUUAGAUUUGGCAAUAUGGCUGCUCCGCCGGCUGCUCCCAAGGGCGGCCUGUCUCUUUAUGCCAACCUACUUGAUCCGUCAGAUACUCCCUCCGCCUCGAGUACCAUCUCCCGCGCCCCGGUAGUAUUCAAGCAAGCUACCGAUGGUGAAUCUCAACAAGAUGACGCAGCUUCAAAGAAGCAGCAGAUAAGUGCUGCCUCUUUACGAUUUCAACCCACCAAAAGACCUCAAUUACCUUCUCAGAAACUGAAAGCGAAGCCCGGUAUACCCAAGCCUCCUGUUCUCCCCACUUCUGCGAGCCUAGUGAGCCAAGGCACCACACCCGCUCCCGCAACAGGUGCAGCCGGGCCUCAGGCGAAAAGCACCCUUGCCGACUGGACUGCCACGGCGGAUGAUGAUGACGUGAACGGAUUUUAUGGGGAGAAAAGACAACGCGGUGGCCGGAAAAAGCGCAAGAAGAAUCGCGACGCAGAGGUAGUUUAUAACUGGGAUGACAUUUAUGACCCAUCCCGCCCAAACAACUAUGAUCAAUACAAACAUAGCGACGAGAAGAUUAGGGAAGUCAGAGAAUGGAAAGAUCGCCUGUAUGCUCACCGAAUGGCCAGAAGGAUGAGCAGCGAUAUGGAAAGCGAUGACGAUUAUCGAAGAAGGCCGAUGAAUAAGCAAUUUGCACCCCCUACACAGUUUGCACCCCCGCCCAACCUUAACGACAUCCCUCGGGAGCCAUCUGCGCCGAAUUCUCCAGUCACGGAAGUCGUUCCGCCACCUACAGCACCCCUGCUGGACGAUCAAACUGGGGAAGAUGCAUUUGCACGGCGUCUUCGGAUGAGCCAAAGCAUAGCACAGACCUCAGAUAUAGCUGCGGAAUAUUCUAUUCCUCCACCUCCCCCGGAAGAGAUUCCGCCCGAGCCAACACCAGCAACGUCCAGAGACGCAUACUCUUCAGCAACCAUCUCCCGCGCGCCUGUUAGAUAUACUUUACCUCCUCCUCCGGAAGACAUACCUGCAACUGAGGAAGAACUCGAAGCCGCCUUUGCGAAAGAAACUGAGGAAGAGCCAGAGGGUGGUGAGGGAGCACCGCGCUCUCUACGCCCGGGACAAAAGGGGUUCGCAGAAAGGCUUCUAUCAAAAUAUGGAUGGACAAAGGGAUCUGGUUUGGGUGCUAGCGGGACGGGUAUAGUCAAUCCGCUCCAAGUCAAGGUUCAGAAACAAAAGAAAAGGCCAGAUGCGGAGGGUGGAGGCUUUGCCACCCCAGCUGGACGGGGUAAAAUCAUUGGUGGACAUCAGAAGAAGCAAGAAGAAGGCAAGUUUGGUGCUAUGAGCGAGGUGGUGGUGCUUCAUGGAAUGUUGGAUGGAAUGGACCUGGAUGCGGAGCUGGAAGCUGGGGAUGACGGAGGUUUGAUGCAGGAGAUUGGUGACGAAUGUGGCGAGAAGUACGGACGCGUGGAGAGAGUCUUUAUCGAUCGGUCUGCCAAAGGCCAAGUGCCUGUCUUCGUAAAAUUUACAAACCAGCUAUCUGCUUUACGGGUGAGUGGACUGCUCUUGAACGGUAAGUCAACGGUAUUGACUGUAUUCCUCACUUUAGGCUGUGAACGCCCUUGA